GAUUCCACCUGCGGAGGUCUGUAUUUUCACAGGAAGUACUGUUAAAGAGACAGCCGGUGAAAAAGUGUCCAAACGACAGCGGGGUUUGCAAUGCCCGGACGUUAAAGGGCGCUCCGCUCUGAUUGGCCGUGUCCACAUGUGUGUAGCUGGUCCAAAAGUGCAGACACGGAGCAGAAGUGGUGGUCAGACAGCGGAGGGGUCAAGGUGGUGGUAGUGCCGUGUGGUGAGCUAGCUCAUUCCGCAGCGAUGGAGCAGUGUGCGUGUGUGGAGCGGGAGCUGGAGAAGGUGCUCCACAGGUUCGUGAUGUACGGCCACCUGUCCGAGGAGAGCCUGGACGAGCUGCUGCGAUACGUCUGCGAACUACGGGGACAGCUGGUCACCUUCGGUGUGCAGGAUGCAGACCUCUCCGUGCUGUCACAGUCCAUGGCGCAGUGCUGUAAGAAUAUUAAAGACACGGUGCAGAUGCUGGCAUCCCGCCACAAGGACAUCCAUGGCAGUGUCUCGAAAGUUGGCAAGGCCAUCGACCGGAAUUUUGACGCGGAGGUGAGUGCAGUGGUGGCGGAGACGGUGUGGGACUCCCCGGAGAGGCAGAAGUACCUGAGCGAGACCAUUGUGGAGCACCUGUACCGCCAGGGCAUGCUCAGCGUGGCCGAGGACCUGUGUCAGGAGUCGGGAGUGGUGAUUGAUAUGAGCCUGAAGCAGCCAUUCUUGGAGCUGAAUCGAAUUCUGGAGGCACUGAGGAUGCAGGACCUCAGACCAGCAUUAGAGUGGGCUGUAGCGAAUCGGCAGAGGCUGCUGGACCUGAACAGCACUCUGGAGUUCAAGCUGCACCGGCUGUACUUCAUCAGCCUGUUAAACGGCGGCAUGGCCAACCAGCUGGAGGCACUGCAGUACGCCCGCCACUUCCAGCCCUUCGCCUCCCAGCACCAGAGGGACAUACAGAUCCUCAUGGGCAGCCUGGUGUACCUGCGACACGGGAUUGAGAAGUCGCCGUACCGCAGUCUCCUGGAGACCAACCAGUGGGCGGAGAUCUGCAGCAUCUUCACACGCGACGCCUGCGCCCUCCUGGGCCUGUCUGUGGAGUCGCCCCUCAGCGUGAGCUUUGCAUCUGGGUGCAUGGCCCUGCCUGUACUCAUGAAUAUCAAGCAGGUGAUUGAACAGAGACAGUGCAGUGGAGUCUGGACUCACAAAGAUGAACUACCGAUUGAGAUUGACCUGGGGAAGAAGUGCUGGUACCAUUCGGUGUUCGCCUGCCCCAUCCUCCGACAGCAGACCUCCGAAAGCAACCCCCCCAUGAAGCUCAUCUGCGGCCACGUCAUCUCCCGCGACGCCCUCAACAAACUCACCAAUGCUGGAAAGCUGAAGUGUCCGUACUGUCCCAUGGAGCAGGACCCGUCAGACGCCAAGCAGAUCUUCUUUUGACGCCGUUUCGGGAAUGCCGGAAGCGGAGAGCCCUCUUCCCGCCCCCCCGCCCUCGUUCAGGCCCUCGCCCUCCGUUCCUGAACAGAGGCCGAGGCCUCGCCGUUAGUUUACAGAGACUGCCGACAAUUAAACGAUAGCAACGUCAUCCAUCGACUCAGUCCGUGCGUGUACCUCACAUAAGACCGUUAUCACUCACCGCCCACCCCUGCCUGCCCCCGCGGCCUUUUUAAAGGAAGAUUAAUGCGUUUUUUUUAGCUCUUUUAACUUUAAUAUCAGAGGUUAUUUAGUCCGCACCUUCCCUGCUCGGUGGAAGUUAGCUGAGAGAGUUUGUAUGGGUGCCCAAACUUGCCUGUCCGAGGACUUGCUGCUCGAUAACGGACAAUAUUUAAACAUGGUAAAUGUUCUAUAUAUGGAGUUAAUCUACAUCUAUCAGUUAUUAAAAGGUGGCCUAUUCUGCCACGGUAUAACCACAUAUAAGUUAUAUUGAUAGAUAUAAUAUUUCUAUGCUUCGUGGUGAUGAGGUAGUUAUAAACAAGCUCUCGUAAAAAUGAACUGAUUAUAUAAUACGGAAACAUACGUACAUGCAUGCAUACACACAUGCAUAUGCACGCGUAAACACAUACAGCAUAUACAUGUAUGCGCAAGCAUGCGUACACACAAACAUGAAGGCCAGCUUCAUCAUUCAUCUUGAAAUACACCUUCCCUGACGGAAAUGUUCACCGGUGCGUUGGCGUGGUUACAGGCAUGGUGGGUUUUUUUUGGAAACUCGAGGGUUUUUGGGAUCAAUGAAGUUAUUGACCGGUUGAGUCGUGGGGUUUUGGAAGCAAUGUUUCUUGUUCUUUUUGUGCGUGCGUGUGUGCGUGCGCGCGUGCGCUUUGAACAAGUAUUUCAAAAGAAAAGUGUACUACUGUUUAAACGUGCUGUAUUUUCCGUUUUCAGUGCAACUGAAUCCGUGUUUAAUCUUUUGUACUUUGUAAAGGAUUGACAAAUAUAAUGCUGUCAGAUCAGUAGAGAGUUUAGUGUUCAUUAGGGCGAGGAAGAAGAAGAUCAUACGUGUUUUUAUCGUCGUCAUGGAGGAGAGAUUGAUGGAUCCUCCUGGUCCCGGAAGAUGCAUAAAUCCCCGCAUGCCUGCCUUCCUGCCGUGGCCCGUCGGGGGUGUGGCGGUUGGGAAGAGCGGCGUUCAGCUCGUAGCGUUGGUAGUGGUAGAACGGAAAUUAGCUCUCAGGUGUCUUUCGUUUUCUCAUGCGUUUCUCACGUGUUUCUCCUGGAUUUACCCCCCCAUCCCCCACCUUGUCUCUGAUUUGCUGUGAUACUGUUUUAUAGUUUUUUUUUUUUGUUUGUUUUUUUUUUGCCACAAUCCCCGCACCAUGCUUAUUUUAUUGUGUUUCUGCUUGUGCUCCCCGUUUCCAGCCUGGUGUGUUCUCGGACGUUCAGCUCGUCUCAGGGCGGUGUUUUUGGGCCUAUUGCACAGUGUAGCGGGGGGUUGAGACGAUUCUUCAUUCUAGUAAAAGUAGGACAUGACCCUUUGGAAAGGUGAAUACUUUUUCCCCCCCCGUUACCAGUGUGCAGCCACGGUCUCACUGUAUAAGGACUAUGAUAUAAAAACUUGUGAGGACAUUUUUCCCCAA